AUGGACGAAUUCCUGGCAGCAGUUGGCGUACAGGCCAUGAGAUACGCUAUACGAUCUGGCAUUGCCUUGACUUCCUCUUACGCCAUCAACCAGUGCUCUCGUCUGCUCAAAGCAGUUGACGAUAAGAAUCUCCACUCCGAGUUGAGGAUACUUCAGAAACACCUCGAUAGUAAAAUCAAAGUUAUCUCUCCUGCCAUUAACCUGGUAGAGCUCAAAUCUGGGCGAGGAAACGUCUUUCUCGAAUCUGCGCUCCCUCUUGCAAAAUCUCUCCAUAAGCAGAUUGUCUCGCUGGGCCGUCGUGCAGAAGCCGCCGCCGCUGCUCAAGAGCACAGCCAACGCCCAGGAGUUAAUUCACCAAAUAAAGAAACCAGCAAAGAUGCGCUGAGAAAAGUAAUUGGAGAUUUGAAGAAUCUUCUGAGCGAGAUUGACCGAGACAUCCCUCUACUGCAACUUGCCAUAUCGGCGUCUGGUGAAAGCCUGUCUACUUCUCUCCCUUCUGGAAUAUCUCCCUCUCGGCUGCUACAAAUUGGACCUUCAUUCACGCUGUCUGUUUACAUGCUAUUCUUAGGGCAUGCUGCGGUUUCGUCUGCGCCUAAAGAUGAGCAUGAUAGAAAACCAUUGUGGCAAGAAGCAAUACACAAGGCGCGAGUGCUUUUAUGCAGAUCAGCAUGCGACCCGAUCAUCGAGCAGAAUGAUUGUGAUGGGCAAAAAUACAAUGCUUCCGGUUCUUGUGGAAGCUUAAAUUAUGCAUAUUAUCUUGAAAUCAUUGAAGAUUUAGAUGACAAUCGUGCUCAUGAAGAGUUGGGCCCAUCACAACCACACAGUGGCGUUCCAAAAGCUGGCAUACGUGAGCUGAUUCCUAUCUAUCAAUUCGCCAAGAUAUUCUACACCGACACUGGCAGAUUACUCAACAUUGGAGACGGAACAGAUGGAGAAAAUAAUCCAGUUCUGUUGCUGAAACGAGAUAUCAAUGCGACUCGGCUGCAGAGACCAGAAUAUGCUAUGCAUAGCGCGGCAUACGACACCAGUGAUGAUGACAGCAAGCAAGAAAUGGACGAAUAUGACCAAGCUGAUGUAGACCAACAACUUUUCGGAGAGUCACAGGCAAAGUUAUCUACUUCUAGAAGCUCUAAAAAUGCUAAGGACAUUUGCGCUACUGCUCUUCCCAAACAUCUGGAUCCCGAGUGGAUAGCCUUUGAAGUUUUUGAAGAAGAUGACGAGCAGAGCGAUACAAGUUCAAACCUGGAGGUUGACGCAGGUCUAUCAGAUGAAGUUGAUGGAUACAGCCAUUCACCAACGAAAACGCCGCCGCCGCGGCUUCGCACUGCCAUGGACUCGAACCUGGUUUCCCAGAUCAAGAAUCUCUCCAUUCACCGUACGUCACGCGAUGGUCUCAUUCUCAGCAAAUCGGACAGUAGAGUUGGACAGCCAUCGCGAGAUUUGACAGUAGAUUCAGCAAGUGAGGCGCAAGACUUUGUGUCGCGGUCACCGUUCGGGGCCAUCACUACAUCGCUCUCUUUGAUUGAAAUGCUUAUUCGGCUAGCUGGCCUUCAAGAAUUCCAACAAGCUUCCCAUUUGUCUAUCCCAGAUCACAUCUUGACGUUUUUCCUGGAAGAAACAUCAACGACAGGAUUGACUGGAGAGGCUAUGUGGAGAGCCAGGAGUGAAACGAAGCAACGAGUAGGCUUUGAUCCAUAUACUGACACUAUGUAA